CGCGGCGCGGAGCAUGGAGCCGCGGGCCGGCUGCCGGCUGCCGGUGCGGGUGGAGCAGGUCGUCAACGGCGCGCUGGUGGUCACCGUGAGCUGCGGCGGGCGCAGCUUCGCCGGGAUCCUGCUGGACUGCACGAAAAAGUCCGGCCUCUUCGGCCUGCCCCUGUCGGCUCCGCUGCCCCAGCCUGACAACCCCCUUGCCAGCAGCUGCCAUGGCCAGGGCCCCGCGGAGGGGGACGGAGAGGUGAUGCAGCUGGGGACAGGCCCCCCGCCUCCUCCCCACGGGGACCAGCCCCCCGAGACCACCAGCCCCGAGGCGCCCCCACCCCUGGUGCCGCCGCUGCCCGCUGGGAGCCUGCCCCCGUACCCGCCCUACUUCGAGGGCGCCCCCUUCCCGCACCCGCUGUGGCUGAGGAGCUCGUACCAGCAGUGGGUGCCGCAGCCACCGCCCAGGACCAUCAAGAGGACCCGGCGGCGACUGUCCCGCCACCGCGACCCCGGCCGGCUCAUCCUGAGCACGAUCCGCCUGCGGCCGCGCCGAGUGCUCUGCGAGAAGUGCAAGAGCACCCUGAGCCCCCCGGAGGCCUGCCCGGGGCCCCCCGCCACCCCCAGGACGCGCAGGACGCUGGGCAGCGGCUCCCACAGGCAGCACCACAAGCCCGGGGAGCCAGAGGACGGCGACCCCACGGCCUCGGCCACCGUGAGGAGGAGCAAGAGGGAGCGGCGGGGAGGGGACAGGGCCGCUGCGGAGCCGGUCCCCCGCAGCCCGGUCAUCCGGAUCUCCUACAGCACGCCCCAGGGCAAGGGCGAGGUGGUCAAGAUCCCGUCCCGCGUGCAUGGCUCCCUGGAGCCCUUCCGUCCCCUGCCGGCUGCACUCGAUGGCAGCCCGGACCCCGAGGCACCGCCCGGCGGGCCCCCAGCCUCCAUCCCCAAGCUGAAGCUGACGCGGCCCCUGCCUCCUGGCUCCGACCUGCCGCCCCCCAAGAUCCGCCUGAAGCCCCGCCGCCUGGGGGGCGGCGCACACGAGCCCCUGUACCGGGCAGAGCUGGUGGAGUCGCUGAACGGCUGUCGCCGGGGCCCCCGGGCCGGCGCGCCCACCCCAUCUGCCCACGGCGCUGCCCACGGGCUGGCCGACUUGUCUUCUGGAAGUUCUGGCGAGGACGAUGACGUCGAGCGGUGUCCCCAGGGUAACCAGGGACGUGACGGCUUGGCUUUCCUUGUCAGCUGCCCUAAGAGGGGAGCAGAUUGCACCAGCGAGUCAGUCUGCAGCAGUGACAGCCUGGAUGAGUCCAAAUCGUCCAGCUCGGAGGUGACGUCCCCAGACACGGGGGACCUCUCGUCCGGUGAUGGUGCCUCGGUGCCUUCCUCGUCCAGGGACGCUGGCCAGACAGUCCCGCCCCUCACAGUCAGGCUGCACACGCAGAGCGUCUCUAAGUGCGUUACCGAAGACGGACGGACCGUGGCCGUGGGGGACAUCGUGUGGGGUAAGAUCCAUGGCUUCCCCUGGUGGCCGGCGCGCGUCCUUGACAUCAGCCUCGGCCAGAAGGAGGAUGGAGAGCUGUCUUGGCAAGAAGCGAAAGUCUCGUGGUUUGGCUCUCCAACUACGUCGUUCUUGUCUCUUUCAAAACUGUCCCCUUUCUCUGAAUUCUUCAAACUGAGAUUUAACCGUAAGAAGAAGGGGAUGUACCGGAAAGCUAUAACGGAGGCGGCACACGCUGCACGACACGUGGCCCCAGAAAUACGGGAGCUCUUAACCCAGUUCGAAACGUAACUUGGGUUCCGACCAGGUCACCAAUGCUGAGGGCACAGCUGCUGUCCUGGAGCUUCUGACUUCCGUCCCAGGGACCCCACAUGCCUUCCAGCCGGCUGCGUGCAGACACAGACCGCACCGUGGCAGCCUGUGUGAGGCCAGCAGAGAGGAGCAGGUGUGUCCAGGGAGGGGCCAGCCCGGAGCACGGUGGCUCCUCCCGGCUGAAUGUAUUUAUUUCUGUGCCUCAGACUUCAGCGUUCCUGGGCGCUCGGUGACGUGCUCCCUGCUGCUGCUUCCUGUGCCAGGCGUGUCACCCGCCAGGCCGGGGCAUCCGUGGGGAGCAGGGCCCGCUGUCCCCAGGCCGCAGGUGCAGGUGGCCGCGCCCAGCCUCUGAGUGUCCUGGGAAUGGCCACCCCACAGGCCUUUGAGAAAGCCGGCUGCACGCGUGGGCUGUCCUCAGCCUGGGCACAGGGCCUCUGUGCACUCGAGAGCCAGGCGCCCACCACCGCAUCCCCUCCGUGUCCAUCCGGAGCCGCGACCCCCGGGCACCCAGCUCCGGCCACAGGCCACCUUGUCCCCAAGAUGCUGCUACGAGUUCCCAGUACUGUGUGGAGGAGGUGGGGCUGUCACUUCGAAACAGCUUAGACGUUGAAAGGAAACAAUUUGCUGUUGUUGGUAAGAGUGCGUUCCCUUUCCCCUUCUUGUCACUUUAAAGACCAAAAAGAAAAAAGAAAGA